UCACUCUGCGAGGCGAUGCGGCGGAUCCCUCAAGCGUAUUGUUUCCAUGACCCAACGAAGACACUGCACUGAUAUAGUGAUUGCUUCAGUUCUGCAUUUGUAUGAAUCUCGUAUUUUUCGAAAUCGAGGGGGCAUAUUGUAGAGCUGUAGAGCUUUGAUACAGAGAUUAAUGGCGAAGACGGAAUCCAUCUUCGUCUUUUUAGUAGUAGCUUUGCUAAUGUCGUCAUGGGUACCCAUCUCUCACUCUGCUAAGAAACCAGUUUCAGUCGCUAAGAAGAAAGAUAUACCGUACAUUAAAUGUCAAGUUUGCGAGAAGAUAGCUCAUCAGCUAUACCACCAAGUCAAGAACAAAGAAGCCCGGAUCGCUCCCAAGAAGGUCUCAGAGUUCCAGAUCAUCGAAAUAUCAGAGAACGUUUGCAAUUUGAAGAAGCAGGAAGCUGAUUGGAUUCUACGAAUAGACAUCGUAGAGAAGGGGGAUAAAUUGGAGCUUGUUGAACAAGACUCUGAAGGGCAAUGCAAUUCAGAAUGUAAGACCAUCGAACGAGCUUGCCAAGAGGUUAUGGGUUAUUCUGACACUGAUGUUGCAGAAUAUCUGUUCCGAUCCAAGCCUCAAAUUGAUGUGUUGGUAAAGUUUCUUUGCAAUGAUCUUACAAAAACAUGUGCUGUUGAGCCACCUCCUGUUCCAAAGGAUAGGAAUCCAGGAGAACCUUUUAUUCCAAAGUCGUCUAAAGAGGCAGAAAUGGAAAAAAUAUUGAGAUCCAUGGAAGGUAUGCCAGGAGCACCCAGUAUGAAAAUGUACUCAAGGGAGGAUCUAAUGAACAUGCAGAAUUUUGGGGAUGAAGAUAAUGAUGACGAUGACGAUGAUGAUGAUGAUGAAGAAGAUUUCCCUUCUAAAUUGGGAAAAGUUCUUAGGACUAUAGAAACCACAAAAUCAGAUUGGAAACAGAGGAUCAUGAAAGGAAUUACAGAUACUGGGGCAGCACUUAGGUGGCAUGCAAACAAGGUGGCAUUCCGAAUAAGGCGAUGGUGGCAAGGGAAGAAAACACAAGUUGCCAAACAACCUUCAAAAGCAAAGGCUGAGCUUUAGGACUGUAUGGGUCAGUUCAUUUCGUGAAGAGAAGAGUCUUUGGAUCUUUAUUUUUUUUCACUUUCUUUCUUCUGUUUUCCGGUUACUUGCUGCAUUUUAUACUAUUGUAACUGUUGCAGACGA